AGGUAAUGAUAGUGGUUGUGGUGCAGUCGAUGGUCAAUGAAUGUAAAGAAGUAUGCCAUACAUUUGGAGCUCUUAGAAGUUCUAACUCUAAUUAAGGUUUGCUCCAUGGCGAAUUCAACGUCCCUAAAAGCAUCAAAGGUUUAUCCUGGCCAAGGCCCACUUGCUCCUUCUGCUUCGUCUUCUUCUUCUUCAGUUCCAUGCUACUUCACAUCAAAACAAGAAACUUUUACGGUCUGGAUGAAAUCUCUGGUGCUGAACGGUAAAGGUUGCACUGUAUUCGACUCCGAGGGCCAUAUCAGGUACCGCGUUGAUAACUACAACUCCAACUCCAGCAACGAAGUUUAUCUUAUGGACUUCGAUGGCAGAGUUCUAUUCACUAUUAUCAAAAAGAAGUACAGAUUGUUGGGAUUGAGCUGGGAAGGUUACAGAAGUUGUGAUAAUAAGGAGAUUGAGAUGAAAAAGCCCGGAUUUCAAGUGAGAAAAGCCUUGAAGAUUUUGAGGAGGCGGGAGUGUAAAGCUGUAUUAGGGCUGGAUAAUGAUGAACCUUAUGAAUACAAGAUAAAGAACAACUGGACAGACAAGAUGAGUGUUGGAUGGAAGAUCGUAGACAUGCUUGGAGAAGUAGUUGCAGAAGUGAAAAAGAAGGAAACAAAAAGUGGAGUUGCUCUAGGAGAUGAUGUGUUUACAGUGGUGGUCAAACCUUGUGUUGACCACUCUAUUAUCAUGGGGCUUCUUGUUGUCUACAGUCUCAUCAUGUAAAUCAAAGCUUAUUAUUGCAUGUAAAUUUUCUUGGAUUGAGCGAGAUUUUGAUGAAUUGGAAAGUAUUGAUGUGAAUUAUUCUAAAGCAUGGAAGGCAA